AGUGAAGAUGGGUGAAGAGAUUCUUGUGUGUGCAGUACAACUUGGAGAAAAUUUCUGCCUCUAUUUUGCAGAUGACGAUGAUGGGCUGGAAUGCGAUGCCUUUUGUAAGGAGAAAACACUCCCCCGAGUCCUUCGAAAUGUAAACAGCCAGUUACUUGUGGUUCGACCCGAUUUAAACAUAGCAGCUUUUGAGGAUGUGACCGAUCAGGAGAUGAAAUCUGGCGACGGAAUGCACUUCAGCAUCCACUGUUACAAAACUACCACACCUUCAGCAGGGAUGCCUGUCGCAUUCAGCGUCCGGGUAGAAGAUAAAAGUUACUACAUGUGUUGUGAGAAAGAAUGUGGAAAAAUGAUAGUUCGAUUUAGGGAAGGAGAAGUUCCCGAACAAAUUCCUGGUGAAAGUAAUGUAAUCUUUUUCAAAAAGACAUUUACAUCUUAUAGCUCCAAAGCAUUUAAGUUUGAAUACUCAUUAGAACAGGGAAUGUUCUUGGCCUUUGAGAAAGAAGGCCACUUAAGAAAACUAAUUCUCAAGAAACUGUCAAGAGAAGAUGAAGUGGAUGAAACCAUGAAGAUAAGUUUCUAACUUAAGUUGGAAUGAAAGUCACAACCUAUGGCAUACUUCAACAGUCUUAAAAUAAUUUUGUCUUUUUA